GGCCUCGCCUCGCCUCCCCCGCCCGGGGCGGCCCGGCAGAGCGCGGCGAUGGAGGCGCUGCGGGCGGCGGGCCGGGCCGUGCUGCGGAGCCCCCGGCUCGCCCGCCACGGCCUGGGGCUCUGCUGGCACCGCAAGCUCCCGGAGAACUGGGCUGACAUGCAGGAGCCCCUGCUGGAGGGGAUAGGCUUCACACUCAAGUACCUGGGCAUGACGCUGGUGGAGAAACCCAAAGGAGAAGACAUGGCAGCCAAUGCCAUCCGCCGGAUCAUUACUAUGGCUCGCGUGGGAGCCAAGAAAUUCCAGAAGGUGAUUCUGACUGUCUCUCCGAGGGGCAUCUCACUGCAGGACGCUGAGACCAAGGAGAUGAUAGAGUGUGUCUCCAUUUACAGGAUUUCCUACUGUACCACAGACAAGCUGCAGAACAAGGUGUUUGCCUACGUGGCGCAAAGCCAGCAGAGUGGGGCACUGGAGUGCCAUGCCUUCCUCUCACCCAAGAAGAAGAUCGCCCAAGCCGUGACUCGGACUGUGGCUCAGGCCUUCCAGGUGGCGCUAGAUCACUGGGAAGCAGCACAGGCAGGUUCUGUGCAGAAACAGUCCCACCCUGAGUGUACCCUGGAGAGCAACAGGCCAGGCAGCACAAGUGAGCCAGCUCCGGUCCCCAUGGGGAGCACCCCAUUCAAACACCACUUUGAGGAAGAUGAGGAGGAGGAGGAAGACGAUGAUCUCGAUGAAGCCUUUUCUGGCUGCACCGAGGAGGGCACUCAAGACACAGCAGACUUUGUGUCUCCCACACCAGGAGGCAGCUCGUCCAUCAUGCGCCUACCACAGAGCUGGGCCCCACCUGGCAUGCCCCCAACACAGCAGGAUGAAAUGGGAUGGGGGCACUGGAGGCCAAGCACCCACCUGCCACAAGGGACCAUCCUCUAAGGUUUCCACAGGCUAAUGAGGCUUUGUCAGUCUUCCAGUGUUUAUAUAUCACCAUAAUGGGUUAACCAGUCAGAGCCCUCUCUGUGCCUGAGGCUCAAACCAGUUGGCACCUGGAACGUGGACCAAGGAGCAUCUCUUCCGCACACUGUGCCUAAGGCAUUGCUUUCCUCUCUGCCCUGUGCCUUUGGACUAGCUGGCAGCUCUCCCUGCUUUGCUCCUGGGACUUAGCCAGGCAGGUUUCUUUGACUCUUUUGUAUGUUCAUUUUUGCUUGUACUAGUGAAGCUGCCAUGCCAACAACCUCUGGGCUUCCCCACAACUAGGCUCAGCCCAGGCAGUGGCAGGGCUGGCAACCCACACCCACUGGCCUGCUCUGUGCCACCACCCAGCCCAGCAGGGACUUCCACUAGCGGGAGAAAGGGAGUGCAGCAUCCAUGGCCUGCCUACUCCUCAGCCUAUUCAUGGAGGGUGCCAGUAAUGGUCAAUUGGAAUUGGUGAGAUGGGGCCACCCAGCCCUGUGGGCCUCAGAACAGCUCCCUGUGCUCCCUGGUGCACUGGCUGGGCUUGACCCCAUGACCAAGGGUGCUGCUGGUUCCCAGUACUGACUGGGCUGGCAACUCAAUUAAGGCCUUUCCCUCCUCUGCUGUCUGGUUCUGGGGCACAGCUGUCUCAGGGCUUUGGCCUCAUCCUCAUGUUGGGUAAAUGCAGCAUGCUAGAAAAUGCGUUAGCCAGCAAACCGCGCUGAGCACCACUCAGCACCAAGCAUAUGCAGGGCAGCUGUGUUCCGUGUUGUGUUCCUGAGCACGACUGCCCCAUGCAUAUGGGUGUUCCCCACUGUUAGCUGGGCAUGAAUUCCAGUGUGCUCACCAUGGUUAGCUGGGCAUGAGUUUCCAAGCACACUCAGUGCACAGUGGUGCUCACCGCUGUUAGCUGGGCGUGCACUCUCAGUCACACAGAGUCCAGAGCAUUGUUCAGUUUUCUCUGGCUCACAUGUUUUCUUGCUUGCUGUGUUUGCUCUGUGUAGAAGAGACCCAUAGCUCCAGUCUUUCCUGUAGCUGAAGCAUGGAAGUGUGAACUGAAGGACUGUGUGGAUGCCCCCUGCAAGCCCUUUAUCCUUACUGCCUCUCUCCUUUGGGAUAAGGGUCAGCAGAUUCCUGCUUCUUAGGGAAGUCCUAGAUUUAAGGGCAGGAGGGAGUCCUCUGAGCAUCUGGUCUGAAUUCCAGCCUAGCCAGGCCAGAGGGUGCUGCCCACAGAUUCAUAAGUGGGUUAUUCUCUCCUUCUGUGUAGGUGUCACACCCCUUUGCUGGUAGUCCCAGAGAACCCAUUUCUUGUAGCCCAGAGAGGGCACAAAGCCAUGGGCUCUGCUUGCUCCCCUUGCGUCUGUGGGGUGGAGGUCCUCAUAGCUCUGACACCUGCAGCCCCCACACCCUUUACUUCAAACUCUCACUGUCAUGUGGUGAAAUCUCUGGUUUUUAAAUGAAAAUGCCACCUUUGUAGAGUGCGAUAAAAUGAGUUUUUUAACAUUGUAA